AUGAAGUUUGCUAACGAUUCCAUUCUAGUUAAUAAAAAACCUUUAACGGAGGAAGAGAUUGAGAAAAUAUAUAGUUUACGUAUUUUGAAAAAAAAAUGGGCCGAGAUUGCAAGGGAACUUGGAAACAAACGUACUCCAAAUACAAUUAAAAAUGUUUGGAAUCAGAGGCUCUCCAAGACAUCAAGAGGAAAAGAAAUAGACGGAAAAAAUGAGAAAUUUUUCGCAAAAAUGCACGCCAACCAAUUUCUAAAUAGGGAUAUCGAAAUUUUCACAGGAGAGCAUAGAGAUAAUAUCGGUGCACAAUCGGCAUUCGUUAGUCAUUCGGGUGAGCAUCUUGAAAAACCGAAAGCCGAACCAGUUGACCAUCCUGAAGACCGAAAGUUCGCCGAUUCGCUAGAUGACAUAAAAUUGCCGCCUUUGGAUUAUUCAACGAGGCAAUCCAACAUACAAUUACCAUCUUUUAGUCAUGUCUGGAACACAUUUACCACAUAUCAAGCACCUCGAUAG